UGCACUUUGAUUCUGUGUCUCUUUGUUAUGGGCGUGUGUCAGUGAGACCGCUAAUAGAGUUGUGAAGUUGUCUGAUUUUAAUUCUAUACUGCGCAGAGAGUCUGUGCCUUGGGGAUGAUGACCACUCCUGAGAAAGAUGCCGGGGUGGGCUUCGUCAUUCGUAUAACUAACUUCAACAUGGCUCUUUAUUCCACUUGUUUAUGGAUUCAGAACGGAGUCAUGCCGUAUUUGUCGAAGAAGUUGGGGAUGGAUGCGAUCAUGUUUGGUUAUCUACAGACAACGUUUGCUAUUAUCCAGCUUCUGGGUGGACCUCUGUUUGGCAGAUUUGGUGACUUGUUUGGAGCCCGAGCUGCCCUCUCACUGGCAUACCUCUCCUCUGGCCUUACCAGCAUGAUAAUGGGACUUUCAACAAAUGUGUCGCUGCUUUUCCUAUCUCGAUUGCCCUCCGUAUUCAUGCAUGGAAUGCAAGCUGCUCAGAUGGUUGUGACUGACCUCUCCUCAGAGUCGGAAAGGACUGGAAAACUGGGGAAGCUUGGUCUCUCCUAUGGUGUGGGAAUGAUUGUUGGUUCUUCAGCUGGUGGCUUUCUGAUAUCUAAAUUUGGGGAGUCGUUUGCAGUCUACGUUGCAGCAGCAGGAUCUGUUCUGAACAGCAUUGUAGUGAUGAAAUAUAUACCAGAAGAUACCAAAUCUGUGAUACGAAAAAACAAACCAGAAAUAGCUUCCAGUAGGAACAUCUUCAAUGUGAAAAAAAUUUUCAAACUGUUGAGCAUCCCUGGAGCCACAGAAAUACUUGCCAUUAAAGCCAUCACUGGACUGCCAAUGGGAGUGUUCCAGAGUAUGUUUUCGGUUGUUGGUAUGGAUUAUUUCAAACUGGAAGCAGAGGACAAUGGCUACCUCAUGGCUUACGUUGGUGUUCUGCAAAUGAUUAUGCAAGUGCUGUUAGUUGGAUGGGUGACUAAGCGAGUAGGAGAACACACCCUACUUCCCUGGUGCAUCCUGGUGAUUUCUCUAGUAGGUUUAGCCACGGCAUUGAUGAGCAACAUCUUCCAUUUCUACCUAAUUUGCAUUCCCAUGUCCUUAGGAAUGGCUGGAUUCUACCUGACCACAGAUAGUAUCUUAACCAAAAUUGUUCCUCCCUCAGACACUGGUGCGAUGCUUGGGUUGAAUAUGUCCGUACACUCUCUCAUCCGUUCAAUAGCUCCCACUAUUGGAGGCUUCCUAUUUCAAUUAUAUGGGUACCCAUCUUUCGGAUACCUGCAGUUCACAGUCAGUUUGCUAGUCUUUCUCUACAUAUUUAAAAGAAGUUCCAAUUGAAAUGCUGGAGUGCUAUCAACUCUAGGAAGAGUCUUAAACCUUACAGAAUGGUCAGUUCCAGAAUCUCAAUCGUUUAAGAGAAUCUAAUUUGUGAAUAAUUUCAACACUCGGUGGAUCAGUAGUUUAGUACCAGAGAGAAGAGGAAGAAUUAUGAUAGUGGACGUACAGCACAUCCAGUGCAUUGAUUUGAGUUGUGAAGAUCAAUGCUGAAGAUUUCUAUGGUUUUUGCUAAUCAGAUGUAUUAAUGACUUUGGUGUUCAGGUGAUACAUGCAGGAAGUCUAUAACAAAAGAACAUGAAGAAUAUCAUACAGAACAGAAGCUGCUAAUGUUUUCACAUAGUUAAUAGAGCUGCGAGAUAAUUAAUUCUCCAGCUGGGCAGUAGCCGUAUGGUUGCCGUUGUGCUGCAACUUUAUCUCCUGCUCCUCUUCAUGUUGGGCAAUUUGUGGGCAUUGUGGUUGAUUUGCUUCCCCUCCAGUAAUGUGAAUUUGAAGCAUAAUAAGAGGCCAAUGUGGAACUGAAAGGAGGCACACAAUUAGGUCAGCAGCUAACUGGGCUGGGAGUCAGUGCUCCUCCCCUGCUGAAUGCACUGAGUUUUUGAAUGCUCCUGAUUCGUAAAGCUAUUCUCAGUUUUUUUUAUGGGUUAUUCUAAACUUGGCCAUACUUCAUCAUUUCCAGAGUGCUACGGAAUUUUAAGAGUAUUGCUGAUUUUGCCACGAUUAUCAACAUUUUCCCUCCUCUCUAUCUUUCGCUUUUUGACAGCAUUAUGUAUUUUAUCCAAAAUUUCAUUGCUUAGACCUGUGCUCUUUUCAUUUUGGAAUGAUAAGGGGUGAUCUUAUUGAAACAGAUAAGGAUGGGGAAAAAAUUGACAGAUACAGAAGGAUCUUUCCAGUAAUCUCUCCCCUUCAGCCCGUAGAAUGAUUGCAUUUCUUACUUUAAUGGCGAAAAGAUGUAUUUUACAACAUUGGAAGGAGAUUAAUGCUCCAACUACAUUCUUUUGGUUUUCCCAGACGAUACUAUGUUUAAAUUUGGAGAAAAUUAGAAGUAAUCUUUAUGAUUCUUCCGUUAAAUUUGAACAGACUUGGAGAUCUUUUAUUCAACAUUUUCAUUUAAUGUAACUUUUUUUCUUUCUCUGGCCAUAUCUACAUUCCCUUCUUGAUUUUUAACUGUUUUUAAUGGAGGUCGGGUUUGAGGACGUGAGUGUUUUAAGUUGUUUAACUCUACUUGAUACCUAGUUAGCCCAUUGCUUUGCUUUGCUUUUUAGAUUAGUUGCACGGUGGCGUUUUUCUUGGGUUUUUUUUUCCUUUUCCUUGUUGACAUGUUUGAAAAUUAGUAUACUAUUAUAUUACCUUGUUAUUUUAUAUCUAAACUGCACUGUUUGCACUAACUUUUUUUUGUGUAUUAAUAUCUCUUGUAAAGUUAUAUUGCAACUGUGUAUCAGUGCCUAUAUGGUUUACCUUUUGUGUAAUUCAAUAAAAAGAUUUAAAAAGAAAAGAAAGAUACAAAAGGAUCUGUAUCUGUUUAAAGCAAUUGUCUGAAAAUUGUGUCUUCCAUGAGUCCCUGUGCUUGCCCAAAGCUGUCUAACAGAGCAAUGUGGCAACUCUGAUCUUGCUUUAUCACUAUGGGCGGAAAUAGUUAAUACAAGGGGGCGUAAUUUUAAGGUGGUUUGAGGAAAGUCUAGGAGGGAUGUCAGAGGUAAAUUCUUUACACAGAGAGUGGUGGGUGCAUAGAACACACUGCCAGGGCUGAUGGUAGGGGCAGAUACAUUAUGGGCAUUUAAGAAAUUCUUUGAUAGGCACAUGGAUGAUAGAAAAAUUAAGGGCUAUGUAGGAGGGAGGUGUUAGGUUGAUCUUAGAGUAGGUUAUAAGGUUGGCACAACAUCAUGGGCUGAGGGGCCUGUACUAUGCUGUUAUGUUCUAUGUUCUUAACAUUACUGCUCUAACUACUAGUUUUGGAGAGAAAGAAAGGGAACAGAACUCAUCAUAUGUUUAUGCUUCUGCCACAUGCUCCAUACACACCCACUCCUUCCCUGAAACUCGGGGAAGAUCAGUCUUGAAAGCUUGGAAAGCAAGGGAACAAUUGACAAGUCCCGGUUCAGGAAACCUCAGCCAAAUGGCUCGCAGUGACCUACUGCUGUUACUGGUUUUCUGUGCUGAAUUUGGUGUUUUAUUGAUAGUCUUCAUAAUCUAACAGGUUCUUGCAGCCUUGGUUUUCCCUUUGAAAUUCAGACAGUAGCAUGGAAAAUGUUUAGUCACAUCCAGAUGCAGAAGAGAACACUAAGCCAGAGCAUAAUGAUAUACAGGAAGAGGGCUAGACGGCCCUUUACUGAGGACACUUACACAUAAUUGAUUGAGCCAAAUGAUCUUGGGCAGAUCCAUAGCUUUGAAGAUAACUAGAUUCAAUUGUAACUGUAAAAGAAAACACUCAUUUGCAAGGGUUAUGGAAAUUACACAUAAACAGUUCCACACAAGAAAUAAAUGUUAGAUGACCUGAAGAAUUGUGGGACAGGGUAUUUGGUGUCUUGGACAGGCGAUGUUGGUGAAGGUGAACAAGGAGAUGGACGUACUAAUAAUGGAACUAAGAAGUGGUAAAGGGUGCAGAAUGAUAUAUGAAGGGGAAGAUGUACAGUAUAUUUGCAUUUUGGGUCACAUUGUAGAUGAUUGAAUUAAUGGAGAUUUAUGAUAACUCACAGGUUGACAAAAACAGAUUCAGUAAUAUUGUGAAACCAGCAACAGGCUGAAAGCAGAAAGGGAAUAGACAUGGUUAUAGGAUCUGUUCACGUGGCAAAGACUUGUUCCAAUCAGAUAAAUGCUGUGGGAUUACAAAGUUGCAAAAAAAAAGGCUGGGAAAAGAAUUGACUACCUGAAUGUGCUCAAGCAAUGGGACAUAUUAAUCCAGCUGGCUAUGUGUUGUUGCACCCAUCCCCAUCCUGAGGUUUAAAUUUAAGCCUGAUUAACCCUG